AUGGCAAGUUCAUCAAAUUCAUCUAUGGGUGGCAAGCUACCACCACAACAACAAGGAGUGAAAUUCUCAAGGAGGACAGCGAGUGGAAGGGUUGUUAACCUCUCAAGAGACGAUGAAAUCGACGGCUCCGGCGAGUUCGGAGGCCAAAAUGAUUACAUCAAUUACACAGUUAUGAUGCCUCCGACGCCGGACAACCAACCCGGCACCUCGGAUUCCAAGAACCCGGCCGGGGCCUCUAGGUUUGCCUCUGAGUCACAACAAGGAGGCAUGAAUGGGGGCGGCGGCGGCAACGACGGUGGUGGUGGAGGGUCUAAAUUGGAAAGGAGGGUGUCUACUGUGUUGAACUCAACAAAUAACAAGUCUAUGUUGUUAAGGAGCCAAACUCAAGAUUUUGAUCAUAACCGUUGGUUGUUUGAGACAAAAGGGACAUAUGGGAUUGGGAAUGCUUGUUGGCAAGAAGAUCAUAAUUCUGUUGCUGAUGAUCAGAAUUCAAUAGGCAUGUCAGAUUUCUUGGACAAACCAUGGAAACCACUUACUAGGAAAGUUAAUAUUUCAGGCGGUAUAAUUAGCCCUUACAGAUUGUUGGUGAUAUUCCGCAUAGUUAUUCUAGCAUUCUUCUUAUCAUGGCGAAUUAGGAAUCCCAACUACGACGCAAUGUGGUUGUGGGGAAUGUCAAUUGUGUGUGAGAUUUGGUUUGCAAUCUCAUGGCUUCUUGAUGUGCUUCCAAAAAUGAACCCCAUAAACAGAGCUGCAGACCUUGCUGCCUUGCACGACAAGUUUGAGCAGCCAUCUCCUUCUAACCCUACCGGAAGAUCAGACCUUCCUGGCAUUGAUGUUUUUGUUUCCACCGCUGACCCUGAAAAGGAGCCUCCUCUUGUCACUGCCAACACCAUUCUUUCCAUUCUUGGUGUUGAAUAUCCAAUUGAGAAGGUCUCCUGCUAUAUUUCAGAUGACGGCGGCGCCAUACUCACUUUUGAAGCCAUGGCCGAAGCUGUCAAAUUUGCUGAGUUAUGGGUACCGUUUUGUCGAAAACACAAUAUUGAACCUAGAAAUCCAGAUGCUUACUUCAGCAUAAAGAAAGACCCAACAAAGAACAAGAAACGUCCAGAUUUUGUGAAGGACCGAAGGUGGAUGAAGAGAGAGUAUGAUGAAUUUAAGGUGAGAAUCAAUGGACUCCCAGAGGCAAUAAAGAAAAGGAGCGAAAUGUACAAUGCUAGGGAGGAGAAGAAGGAGAGAGAGGAAAUGAAGGCAAAAAAUGGCGGAGUAGCAGCAACAGAAGAUCAACCCCUGAACGUCCCAAAAGCUACAUGGAUGGCUGAUGGCACUCACUGGCCUGGCACCUGGUACACCCCUUGUGCUGAUCACUCCAAGGGUGAUCAUGCCGGAAUCUUGCAGGUAAUGAGUAAGGUCCCAGAACAUGACCCAGUAAUGGGAUAUGAUGAUGAGAAGACACUGGACUUCACUGGUGUGGACAUAAGGAUUCCAAUGUUCGCAUAUGUAUCGAGAGAGAAGCGCCCUGGUUUUGACCACAACAAGAAAGCAGGAGCCAUGAACGCCAUGGUUCGAGCUUCGGCUGUUUUGUCCAAUGGCCCUUUCAUACUCAACUUGGACUGUGACCACUACGUCUAUAAUUCUAUUGUGCUUAGGGAAGGAAUGUGUUACAUGAUGGACCGUGGUGGCGAUCGUGUAUGUUACAUACAAUUUCCUCAACGAUUUGAAGGCAUUGAUCCCUCUGAUCGUUAUGCUAAUCACAACACAGUCUUCUUUGAUGGAAAUAUGCGAGCAUUGGAUGGACUCCAAGGUCCAAUGUACGUGGGGACAGGUUGCAUGUUUCGAAGGUAUGCACUGUACGGAUUUGAACCACCAAGAUUCAUGGAGCACACUGGACUAUUUGGUCGGGUAAAAACCAAGGUGAACCGGAACCCCAAUCAAGCAAAACUGAAUCUAGAAGACGACGACACACAACCCCUAAAUGAAAACAAUUCAGAAUCUAGUGGGGUGCCACAAAAGUUCGGAAACUCGAGCAUUUUCACAGAUACAAUACCCAUAGCAGAGUUCCAAGCAAGGCCACUUGCUGAUCACAAAUCCGUCAAGAAUGGAAGGCCACCGGGAGAACUGCUUAAGCCUCGUCCACCCAUGGACGCACCAACAGUGGCCGAGGCUAUAGCAGUGAUCUCCUGCUGGUACGAGGAUAAGACAGAAUGGGGAGACAGGGUUGGUUGGAUUUAUGGUUCUGUUACAGAGGAUGUUGUCACCGGCUAUAGGAUGCAUAACCGUGGCUGGAGGUCUAUCUAUUGCAUCACAAAAAGAGACGCUUUUCGCGGCACUGCGCCUAUAAAUCUAACAGACCGUCUCCACCAGGUGUUGAGAUGGGCCACAGGAUCCGUUGAAAUCUUCUUCUCUAAAAACAAUGCCUUCUUCGCCACCCGGCGUCUCAAAUUCUUACAACGAAUCGCCUAUCUCAAUGUCGGAAUCUACCCCUUCACCUCCAUAUUUUUAGUUGUCUACUGCUUCUUACCAGCACUGUCCCUUUUCUCGGGACAAUUCAUAGUCCAAGGUUUGGAUGUAACUUUUCUCUUCUACCUUCUUUCCAUCACCGUCUGCCUCAUAUUGAUCUCCCUCUUGGAAGUGAAAUGGUCCGGCAUUGCACUCGAGGAGUGGUGGCGAAACGAGCAGUUUUGGGUGAUUGGAGGAACAAGCUCUCACCUUGUUGCUGUGCUUCAAGGGUUGCUAAAGGUGAUAGCAGGGGUGGAGAUACAUUUCACAUUAACAUCUAAGUCAGCAGGGGAAGAUGAAGAGGACAUAUAUGCUGAUCUUUACUUAGUGAAAUGGACUAGUCUCUUUAUAAUGCCACUAACUAUUAUCAUCAUCAAUCUUAUUGCUGUGAUAAUGGGGAUUUUGAGGACCGUUUAUAGUGUGAUACCACAAUGGAAUAAGCUAUUUGGGGGAUUGUUCUUUAGCUUUUGGGUGCUUUCUCAUAUGUACCCUUUUGCUAAAGGAUUGAUGGGUAGGAAAGGAAAAGUUCCCACUAUUGUUUAUGUCUGGUCAGGCUUGCUUUCCAUCACAAUUGCAUUGCUUUGGAUUUCACUUGAUCCUCCAGGUGGUACCAAACAGGAGGGAUAA